AUUCAAACUCAAUAUCUUAAGUAAGCUUUAAACUUUUGACAUUGCCACUAUAAGAGCUUUACAAUAGCUAGCUACCUUGCAUUUUCAGUGCUGAAUACGGAGCACGCAUAAGAAGAAAAUGGUGGUAAGGGACGGUGAGAUGAAUUGGCAACAAGGGGAGGUAGAUUCGUUGCAGAGGGAAGAAGAAGCGAUCAAGAAUGACGUCAACAAUGGCAUCCCAUCAUCACUUGGAAGACAAUCAUCCUCGAUAUACUCACUCACUCUUGACGAGUUUCAACACUCUCUUUGUGAUAGCGGCAAGAAUUUCGGGUCGAUGAACAUGGACGAGUUCCUCAGUAGUAUCUGGAAUGCAGAAGAAAAUCAACAAGCUGCUUCCAACAAUAAUAAUAACAACAGCAGCAACAACAAUAACUUAUCUGUAAUUCAGAAAGAUAGCACACAGGCGAGUCUUCCUCGACAAAAUUCGCUGUCGAUUCCAGCACCUCUUUGUAGGAAAACUGUUGAACAAGUUUGGUCUGAGAUACACAAAGAACAACAGCACCAUCACAAUAAUAACAAUGUUGCCCAAAAUACUGAGUCUACCCCUCGACAACCGACUUUUGGAGAGAUGACCUUGGAGGAUUUCUUGGUUAAAGCUGGGAUAGUUAGGGAACAACAUUCUGCUAUGCCAGUUGCAUUAGCACCACCACCUCCAGCAGCAGCAGCAUCUCACCGACCACAGCAGCAUUAUGCCGCGGUGUAUCCAAAUAACAACUCUACAAUGGCUCAGGCUGCUUCUUUUGCUAUUGGUGGUGGCGCUGGGAAUGUCGUUGUACCACCUUACCAAGCUGUGGCUCAAGGAGGUGGGGCAGUUGGAGAGCCUUCGGUUUCAGGAUAUGCUGGAAAUGGUAAGAGGGAUGGUAUAGGAACGGGGUAUCCAGCCCCUCCAGGGGUUUGUUAUGGAGGGAGAAUGGUGAAUGGAGGAGCAGGCGGUUAUGCCGUCCCAGUGCCACAAACUAUGGGAAUGGGCGGACCGGUUAGUCCAGUUUCAUCCGAUGGCAUUGGUAACGACAACUCGGGUGGACCAUUUGGGCUUGACAUGAGUGGUUUAAGAGGAAGAAAGAGGAUGGCUGAUGGUCCUGUUGAAAGGGUAGUUGAGAGAAGGCAAAGAAGAAUGAUCAAGAAUAGAGAGUCAGCAGCAAGAUCUAGAGCCAGAAAACAGGCAUACACAGUUGAAUUAGAAGCAGAACUGAACCAAUUAAGAGAAGAGAAUUCUCAACUGAAACAAGCACUGGCCGAACUCGAGAGGAGAAGAAGACAACAGUGUUUAGAGGAAACAAAUGUGAGAGUUCAAACUAAAGCUCAGAAGGCAAAAGAGAAACUAAGAGGCUUAAGAAGGAACACAAGUUGUCAUCUUUGAAGAAAUCAUCACAUGGUAAACAGUGAAAUUCUUGGUGCAUGAGUGCAUUUUCUGGUGUAGUUAAACUGAGAAAAAAGUGCACAACAUUGCAGAUCAAGAACCAAGAAGAAAAUUUACUGAAUUCAAAACCAGUUAGUUAAAAGAUAGAGAAGGAAACAAAGGGAAUGGUGAGUGUGAAUUUUGUUGGAGAGCAAAUUUUCCACUGUUUGCAAGGAUUGAAUCAUCUAAUUUGGAUUGACUCUUGCAAAUGAUAUAACUAGCUAGCUACUCAAAUUUGUACAAUAUAGUAUAGUAGUUAAUCUUUGAAGUUGCCUUGUUAUGCAUGUGAACUGUUUUUGGUUGAAGCUACAAUAUAUAUAGUACCAGCUAUGAAUGAAUGCAAAUAAGUAGAUAUGAUUUUCUUAAUUAA